UCCUGCUCCCCUAGUCAGUCCUGCGCCAGCCGUCGAGGAGGGAGGCUCCACUCCACGUCUGCGGCUCAAAUGGCUCCAAACGCUUCCAAAACUGGGAAAUCCUCCCCUAAGGCUUCCCAGGGGGAGAAUACGGUCGAUAAAGUGUUCCUCAAGUACAGACGCUGUGAUUCUCCACAAACUUGGUGGAUUGUGUUUGGUGUGGUGUGCUUGCUAGCUGCUGCCACAAGAUUCUAUAAUGUGGGAGAACCAAAACAUGUUGUUUGGGAUGAGACGCAUUUUGGCAAAUUUGGUAGUUGGUACAUAAAUCGAACCUUCUUUUUUGAUGUACAUCCUCCACUGGGAAAGAUGCUGAUUGGAGCCUUUGGUUAUUUGACUGGAUAUGAUGGCAUGUUUCCCUUUGUUAAGCCUGGGGACUCCUAUGAAGGCGUCAAUUAUUUAGGCAUGAGAGUGUGUUGUACAGCAAUGGGAGCCUGCUUGGUGCCAUUUGCUUUUGUAAUUGUUUGGGAGAUGACCUUCUCAUUGCCUGCUGCAACAUUAGCAUCCUCGCUAAUUUUGUUUGAUGUUGGUUUGCUGACAUUGACGCAAUAUAUUCUCUUGGACCCAAUUCUACUCUUCUUUAUCAUGGGGUCUGUUGUGGGCAUCGUGAAGUUCCAUUCCCAGAGAGACAGGCCAUUCAGCUUCUCUUGGUGGGCGUGGUUAUGCUUCACUGGAUUAAUGUUAUCAGGAUCGGUAUCAACAAAGUUUGUUGGUCUCUUUGUUGUAAUCUACGUAGGUUUGCACACAAUAAAAAAUCUUUGGGACAUAUAUGGCGAUCUUAAUAAUUCACUGAUCUACGUGGCGAAGCACUUCUUAGCUCGUGCUUUGGGUCUCAUUGUCCUGCCAGUGUUUCUCUAUUUUGUUUACUUCUUCAUUCACCUGACUGUAUUAUGCAGAAGUGGCAAUGGUGAUGGUUUCUACAGCUCUGCAUUCCAGUCACAGCUGGAGGGAAACUCGCUCUAUAAUGCAAGCAUGCCUCUUGAACUCGCAUAUGGAGCAGAGGUGUCGCUGAAGAAUACCCGAACAGGUGGUGGGUAUCUGCAUUCUCACAUCCAUUUGUAUCCUGAAGGCGCUGGAGCUCGGCAGCAGCAGAUAACAACAUAUUCUCACAAAGAUUUCAACAACAAAUGGCUUGUGAAGAAAUGGAAUGAAGAGCCUGGCGAUUGGGAAGAUGAUGACCCUGUAGAGCUAGUUAAGAAUGGAGAUCUUAUUCGCCUUGAGCAUGUCCCCACUGGUAGAAAUCUUCAUUCACAUCGUGAGCAGGCCCCUGUUACAAAGCGUCACCAUCAGGUUACUGGAUAUGGCGAAAAUGGUGUAGGAGAUGUGAACGACGUAUGGCGUGUGGAAGUGGUGAAGGGUGAAGAGGAGGAAGUGGUGAAAACAGUAGUUCACAAGAUUAGAUUGGUUCAUUACCUGGUUGGCUGUGCCCUUAUGUCACAUAACAAACAGUUGCCUAAAUGGGGCUUUGAGCAGAUGGAAGUGACAUGUAACCCAAAUGUGCACGAUUCUAACAACCUGUGGAAUAUUGAAGAAAAUGUGUUCCCAAAAUUACCCAACUCGAGUUUUGAGAUCUAUGGUCCAAACUUCUUGGAGAAAUUCCUAGAAUCUCAUACGGUUAUGUUCCAGGGCAACUCUGGCCUCAAACCCAAAGAAGGAGAAAUAACUUCUCAACCUUGGCAGUGGCCAAUUAACUUCAAGGGACAAUGGUUUUCGGCAAUUGAUGGCUUCAAGGUGUACCUUCUUGGUAACCCCAUCAUCUGGUGGGGCAACUUGCUUGUGAUGGCUGCUUUCGUGCUCGUCUAUUUCUACCAUGCUUACAGGACACAAAGAGGAAAUGUGGAUGAUGCUGAAACCCAAGCUCGUCGUGACAAGACGCUAGAAGCAUGUGGCUGGCUGGUGUUGGCAUGGAGUCUCCAUUACUUGCCAUUCUAUGCAAUGGGCCGUAUCCUGUACUUCCACCAUUACUUCCCAGCUCUUCUUUUCUCGUCCAUGCUUACUGGUGUUAUAAUUGAUUAUUUGCUAGAGUCCCUGCCCAGCAUGGUUCCUCAUUAUCUAUCAUCAUCAGUGUACCCCUGGCUUACUGGGUUAUUCUACUCUACUUUAAUUUACAGUUUCUACCUAUUUGCACCACUUGCAUAUGGAAUGCACAACUUGGACCCAAGUUUUGAAAACAGCACUGUCCACCAGAUUCGUUGGUUAGAUUCUUGGGAAUUCUAAGAAUCUUUCGUGCAUGAUAGCAAGCCAAAAUAUUUGCUUUCCAUUAGUGAAAUAUUUGUCUCGUAUGCAUUAUCAAGGCCUUGAAUUUUUGUUAUGCAUGUAAGUAUAACAUUUAAAAUGAUCCCACACUUGUGUACAUUAGUUAUCAAUUUUGUUGCAAACUGUUCUCAAAGUUGCAACUACAGCUAUAAUUUGUGCAAAUUUAGAAUUUCUUGUGCACUUCUAAAUGAUUGCAGUCCUCUUCAUGUUUAUUAAAAGGGCCGAAGAUAUAUUUUACACACAAGUAGUGAAAAUUAAAAUUUAUCAUGAUAGUGGUAAUUUUUUAGGUUUUUGGUGAAUGGCCUUUUGUAGUUAUUAUAGCAAUAUAUACUUGUUUCCUUGAUGUUGUUGGUACUUGUUAAAUUCAAUAUUUUUAUACAAUUUAUAAUAAAGUAUACCGAGUUA